UCCCUAGAGGAAAAGUGAGAUUGAAGUGCAACAAUGAAAAAGGCGCCAUGCUUGCUCCACUUCCUUUCCAAUAGUGCAUCCAUGAGGAGGAAAGAUGCUUUUGAAUACUCCUCCCUCAUUUGCAGUAAUUGUCUGCAAGACUAUAAGUGCCAGGUGGAAGAGUUAGCCACAUCAGAAGCCUAACCCAGUUCUUACUCAACCAUAAUGCAGGCUUCCCUUGGCAUUUGCCUCCUCCUAGCAGUUGUAGCCAGAGGGACUGCUCUACAAUGUGAAGUUUGCAUGGGUCUCGGCCACAACUGCACUGGUGAAAUCGAGACAUGUCCUUCAGACCAUGAGUUCUGUGGCAUCACUGUGUUUGAAAGUGAACGGGAAGAAGUAAAGGUUAAUGGCAUCGUGAAGAACUGUGUCCCAUCCAGUGUUUGUGGAGCUGGUUCUGCUGAUAUUAACAUAGGCAAAAAGGGAAGAUCCAGGACCACUAUGUUCUGCUGCAAGGACAACGCUUGCAAUAGAGCCUCUGUUGUGACAUUGCCCCGCUUAGAUACCAAGCUCAAUGGCCUGCGGUGCCCAGCCUGCUACACCUCAUCUUCUGAGUCAUGCCAAGAUGACACAGUGGACUGUGUUGGAGCAGAAGCUCAUUGCAUUGAUUUGGCUGGAUACGUAUAUUCGGGUGAAACAUCUCAAGAAGUUGCCAUGAAGGGCUGCGCUACUGAGGCUGUCUGUGCUGCUACUGUAGGAGGCGCUGCAACGUUCACGAGUGUCAGCUCAGCAAUCACGAAACUUGAGUGCAGAGCCGCCACCAGCACAGCCGGCCUUGCUCUUAGUAGACCAACUGGCUUCUUCAUUUUGGUUGUUGUUGGGCUCCUGCUGAUUCAGCUCUCAACACAACAGUUGUGCUCUUUAACAAGUGGAUUAUGAGGAGCUAAGCCAAAGCCUGCACUAAAAUGUUGCUCUCUCGUAACUGAACUGGUUAUGACUAAGGCAGGGCGGGUAACCUCCAAAAAUCCAGAGGCCACACAUCCCUGGGCCUUGAACAACUGC